AUGAACUGCCUGGAAAUUUCACCAUUUAUCGCAUCACUUCCAAAAGUAGAGCUUCACAUACACAUCGAAGGAACUCUGACGCCUUCGCUACGAUGGAAGCUCGCGCAUCGAAACAACGUGCCUUUAGCUUAUUCUACCUACGAAGCUCUCCUGGAAUCCUACAACGUUCUGUACAACCACAGGAAGGAAGUUGAUGGAGAUAAUGGCGCGCCUACAUUCCUGGAAACAUAUUUCGCUGGCACCCAAGUAUUGUGUAAGGAGGAAGACUUCUACGAGCUCGGUAUGGAGUACUUGAAGAAAGCUAAGGAUAUGAACGUCCGCUACGUCGAGCCUUUCUUCGACUUGCAGGCUUAUCUGCCUCGUGGCAUCUCUGCCGCGACGGUGUGCAGUGGCUAUAUGAGAGCACAGAGAGAAGGAGCCGAGAAGUACGGGGUGCAUAGCAACUGGGUCCUGUGCUUCAUUCGAGAUCAGCCUCUAGAGGAAGGAAUUGCCGCAUAUGAAGCAGCACGGCCCUGGGCAAAAACUCCAGGCGGGAAAGGGUUGUUCCAUGCAGUGGGACUUGCUGCGAACGAAUACAAUCGGCCACCUUUAUUGUUUGAGAAAGCAUUCAACAUGGCGAAGUCUGAUGGUCUCCAUGUCACCAUGCAUUGUGAUGUCGAUCAGAAGGACGCUGCUGAUCACGUUUAUGAGGCUAUUUUCUCUGUAUGCGGUGGUGCUGGAGCGGAACGUAUUGACCAUGGUCUCAAUGCUGUCGAUAAGCCGGAGCUGGUCGAAGGACUAAAGAUGCGGAACAUUCCUCUUACGCUUUGCCCACAUGCAUACCAUCGUCGGCAAGCGACUGAAAUACUGUUUCCUAAAAUUCGAAAGCUCUAUGAUGCGGGUGUCAAGUUUUGCAUCAACAGCGACGAUCCAACUUACAUGCACAAUGUAUGGAUAGAUGGAGCGAUGGAGAAGGUAUAUCGUUAUUGUAAUAUGACGGAGCUCGACAUGACCAAUCUUGCGCGCAACGGGGUCGAGAUGUGCUGGGCUGACACCGACCUUAAAGCUAAGCUAUUUAAAGAACUCGAGAAAUUUCAGCUUUCUAGUGCUACUACAAACGUUCUAUAG